UUGGUAUGGGAUUCCUCUCCGGCCACUAGAGGGGGCUCUGCCAUCACCUUUGGCCAAAAGCAGCUGCGGCCUCACAAUGACCAAGUUGUGCAGUCCACAGUAUCGUAUCUCAGCCCCCCCAUCCUCCUGCGCUGUGGCCCCAUUAAUGCCAUGUCCGGUGUGUCGGUGGUGAACGUUAGAGGGCAUUUCACCGAUCACACAGAACGCUGCGCCCACCAGGGGAUGGAGCAGGUAUCAGAUGAUGAGUUGGACCAUGGAGCAGAAGAGGACAGCGACAAGGAGGACCAGGACCUGGACAAGAUAGUCUCGCAUGCAGACGUGGUUAGUCUGGAUGACGGCAAGCCGCAGAAAGCACUGCAGAAGCCGCCUCUCAGGCAGGAGACCAACAUGGCCAACUUCUCCUACCGCUUCUCAAUGUAUAACAUAAACGAGGCUCUGAACCAGGGAGAGGCGGUGGACUUGGACGCCCUGAUGGCUGACCUGUGCUCCAUCGAGCAGGAGCUCAGUACCAUUUCAAAACCAAACUCCACUCCUCGCACUCAAAGCAAAACCCAGCAUCGAACCCCCGGGGGGCGCAGUGCCAGCACCAAGCACACUGGAGGGGGAAGCAGUGGAGGAAGUACUAGUAGCAGUACCAAAGCGUCACCAGCUAACACCGUCCGAGGCGGCAGCGUCAACAGCCGCCCCGCCGCCUCCAACAUCUCUCUGGAUGACAUCACCUCUCAGCUGGAGAAGGCCUCUCUCAGUAUGGACGAAGCGGCGCGUCAGACGUCCUCCUCUUCCUCCUCCUCAUCUUCAGUCUCUUCCACCACCCUCCGGCGCCCUUCCUCCGGAUCGUCCGGCGGAGGGCAGCACCGGAGGACAGGCUCUGUGGGGACGGUCAGCGAGCAGGGGGCCCCCUCCCAGCGGUCCAGUGUGAAUUCGGCAUGUGCCUCAGCUUCCAGCAUGGAUUCCCUGGACACCGAUAAAGUGAUCAUGGGUGGAGAGGUGGAGGGUCAGAGGAGCCUGAGCUCUCAGGGGCAGAGCCAGACCAGCACAGAGCAUUCCUAUCUGGACCGAGAAACCUCGCUCAUUCUGAAAAGCAUAGCUGGAAAGCCUUCUCACCUCCUGACCAAGGAGGAGCAAGCUGCCAAGCUGAAGGCAGAGAAGAUUCGAGUUGCCCUGGAGAAAAUCAAGGAGGCACAGGUCAAAAAGGUGAUUCGGCACCUACAGCUGGUGAUCAGGGUCCACAUGUCAGAUGAGAGUUCAAAGACCAUGAUGGUGGACGAGCGACAGACAGUCAGGCAGGUGCUGGACAGCCUGUUGGAUAAGUCGCACUGCGGCUACAGUCCUGACUGGUCUCUUGUGGAAACCAUCAAUGAGCUACAGAUGGAGCGCAUUUUCGAGGAUCACGAGAACUUGGUGGAAAACCUACUAAACUGGACCCGGGACAGCCACAACAAGCUCAUGUUCAUCGAGCGUAUAGAGAAAUACGCUCUUUUCAAGAACCCCCAGGAAUGUUUCUGUGGUGGGUCUGUGUCGGUGCCAGAGAUCGAAGGUGUGCUGUGGCUCAAAGAGGAUGGAAAGAAGUCAUGGAAGAAAAGAUACUUCCUCCUCAGGGCUUCAGGGAUCUAUUAUGUCCCAAAAGGCAAAGCCAAGGCAUCCAGAGAUCUUGUGUGCUUCCUGCAGCUGGACCAUGUUAACGUGUAUUACGGCCAGGACUACCGCAGCAAAUACAAGGCACCUACUGACUACUGCCUGGCGCUAAAGCACCCACAAAUUCAGAAGAAGUCUCAGUACAUCAAGUAUCUGUGCUGUGAUGAUGUUCGGACCCUGCACCAGUGGGUGAAUGGAAUUCGCAUUGCCAAGUAUGGAAAGCAGUUAUAUUUGAACUACCAGGAAGCCAUGAAGAGAACAGAGGCGGCCUAUGACUGGUCAUCCCUCUCCACCUCCAGCAUUCGCUCGGGAUCAAGCUCUGCCAGUAUACCUGAGUCCCAGUCAAACCAUUCUGGCCAUUCGGACAGUGGCGUGGACACAGGCUCCUCUCAUGGCCGGUCCCAGAGUGUGGUGAGCUCCAUUUUCUCUGAGGCCUGGAAGAGGGGCACACAAAUGGAAGAAAACUCAAAGAUGAGAAUGGAGGCAUCUCGAGGGGGCACGCUGCCACACUCCUCCCACAGCCACCGCCAUCACAGCCAGCAUUCACUGGACCACCAGGUCUUCACACCCUCUCCUCCGCCUCAGGUGCAGCUCCAGCAGCAGCAGCAUCUGCCACCGCUGCAGCCACAGCCCCAGUGUCAGCCCCCCCAGGCCCCCCAGGCCCCCCAGCCCCCGUCUCCUCAGCAGACACCCCACCCGGCACCGCCCCCUCCUGCACAUCCCCCCCAGGAGGCUCAGCAGCCACCACAGUCUCCGCUCCACCCGCAGGCCUUCAGCAGCUACAACCACAUGCCCCUCCAGCAGGAGCAGCUGGCUCCGCCCCCCCCUCCUCCAACCCCCCCGCCGCCGCCGCCGCCGCCCCCUCCUCCCCCGCCGCCCCCACCCCCUGUUCAAAUGGUGUCCCACCACUCGCCUGCUCCCACCAUGUACAAGUUCAGCACCAUCAACCGGCUGCAGAACCAGAAGGCUGCCCAAGCCACCAGCCACCACCGGCUGCCCAGUCACAUUCACGCCACUGCCCAGCAGGUUCUCCCCACAGGUCCCACCCCAGUCAAGCCCAUCAAACCCAAUGUCAACCACAUCGCUGCAAGGACUAACGUCCCCCCUCCGCCGCCUCCCCCUCCACAGUCCAUGCCGAAUCCAGGGUCGGCAAUGGCUUUGUUAAAGUUCGGCCCUCCGAGCCCAGCUUCCCCACCCGCAUUUAUCCCUCCACCUCCUGCACCUCUGCUUGCUACAAGCUCCAAGAAUGUAGCUUUUCCUCCUCCCCCUCCUCCACCCCCUCCACCUCCGCCAGCUCAAAAUCCCGCGAGUCAGCUUGUUUACUCGAAUGGCCUCAAGCAGGAGCUGAAGGAGCGCUUCCCGAGUCCACCGCGAGACCUCUGGUCCCCAAAUGGAGCCCUUGAAGAUUCCCCACCACCUGCACCGCCAGCACCGCCACCCCCUCCUCCUCCACCUCCACCACCUCCUCCUUCUCAGCAAUUCCCAGUACCAGAACAGUUCCCACCUCCUCCUGGUCCCCCACCAGCACCACCAAAAAUCUUUGCCCCUGGCUUUGCCCCUCAAAUUUCCCCCAAACCUGUAUCCCCCGUCUCCCCGUUCCCUCCUGCCCCACCUCCUCCUGCCAUGGGAGGCCCGACUCCACCGCCUCCCCCGCCACCACCCCCACCACCUCCCCUUGCACCAGCAUCUGUGCUAAAGAAGCAGUUCAGCCUCCAGAGUGGACACACCUUUAACCACCCUCCACCGACACUGCCCAAGCAGCAUAGUCUGUCUAAACCAGCAACCAUUUCCACGGGAGCUUCUCAGACCAUGUCUCUCGUGAAGCAACUUGCAAGUAACUUUCCAGGAGCUUCACCUCAAGUAGCAAAUCAGUCAGAGGGCCCAAAAGCUCCCGUCUCCCCACCUGCAGUCAAGACUAAACCAAAAUGGCAGCCUGGUGGAAGUCAGCAGAUGCUUUCGGAGUUCCCUCCUCCUCCUCCAGAUGGCAACAAUGGCUUCCCUGCACCUCCUCCUCCUCCACCUCCACCACCUCCUCCAGGACCUGUCACAGGCCCAACACCACCUCCUCCUCCACUUCCUCCAGGAAAUAUUGGCUCCCCUUUGAGAAGAUCACCAUCUGGCUCCUCAAAUUUUAGUGGCAAGAAACCUCCUCCGACUCCUCAGAGGAACUCCAGCAUCAGGUCAAAUGCCUCUGACUCCUAUGAGGAAUCCAGGAGAAACUUGCUUAGCAAGUUUGCUCCUAAAGGUAAUGAACCCCCUGCCUCAUACUCCAAUGGGUCAUCUUCAAAGGACCCCACAAAUGGACCACCUGCUCCCCCAAAACCGGGAAAGCUCAACCUGGCUAACCUGCCUCUGGCACUGCAGGCCAAAGUGAGCCAAGUGAAGCAGUCUAGUGGUGACUUCCCUUCUCCACCACCUGACUGUGCCUACUUUCCACCUCCUCCCCCAGCCUCUGAGCUCUUUCCUCCGCCUCCACCUCCAAGUAACGACAACCAUAGUGGAGGACCCCCUAAAGUAGCAGUGGUGAACCCCCAGCCACAGGCUCCCCCUCCUCCACCGCCUGUUUCCCUCGUCAGCAACUCAACAUGGGGGAAGAGCUCCUUGAAAAAGACUCCUCCACCCACAUUAGUACGGCGUAAUAACAACACCCCAGAGCCCCCUCCAGUCUCCCCGCCUCCACCCACCUCCCCAAAAGGUAGCUCAGGCCAGCCCAAUUUCCUGGAGGAUCUGAACCGGACACUGAAGCGAAAGUCGGUGGGUCGGCAGGGUUCUGCCAGCUCUGCGGGGCUCCCUGGCAAGUUGGAACCCGGUGGGACUAUGGACGACAUGGCUCUGCCCCCGCCGCCCCCCGAGCUGCUCCUGGAUCAGGGAAGGCAAAGCAACGGAGGAAAUGGAAGCUACAUGUCCGGAAACAUCUCAGGCUAUGCAACGCUACGACGAGGACCCCCACCUGCACCUCCCAAGCGGGGGGAUACCACCAAACUUACUGGAUAG